CCAAUAAUGCUUAAAAUGCUCAAAAUCUCUCCGCGGCUAUAAAACGCGUCCACUCCAAAGAAAACGACCGCCAAACCCUCCUUUCCUCCGCCGUUCGCCGUCGCCGGAACCGUGAUAGAAAACUUCAUCUUAGAAAGAGAAGCUCGGUUUUGCAUUAAUUCAGAGAGAAACCAUGUACAUACAUACAAAUAUACGUAUAUUUGUGACUAGAUAGAGAGAAUUUGGUCAGUUAAUUUAUCUUAUGGCAUGGUUGAGUUGGAGGAUUGAAAACAAAGGAGACGGAGUCGUUUUAUUGACUCCGAAAUGAAGGUUUCCCGAUCCUUUAGUCGAUGUCUUCUUCUGCUUUUGCUCCUUUUUGUUCAAAAAGGGUAUGUGACAUCCAAACCAUUCACAGGGACUUAUGUGUUCUUGAUGCAUUCAAGGGUAGUGGUCUCGAUUUAGUAAUUGGACUCCCAAAUGGAAUGGUCAAAGACUUAAGCAAUAAUCCCGAUCAUGCCCUUACAUGGGUCAAAGACAAUGUUCAAUCAUACCUACCUUCAACACACAUUGUUGGAAUUGCAGUUGGAAAUGAAGUUCUAGGAGGUGGUGAUCUAGAUCUUCAAACAUCUCUAUUUCCUGCAAUCAAAAACAUCUACAAUGCAACACAAAAGUUAAACCUAGACUCCAUAGUUCAAAUCACAACAGCACAUUCACAAGCUGUGUUUGGAACUUCAUAUCCUCCAUCUUCAUGUGUCUUCAAACAAGACGUUUCACAAAACAUGAAGAAACUGUUGGAAUUAUUUUCACAAAUGGGAUCCCCUUUCUGUUUAAACGCAUACCCUUUUUUAGCAUACAUGGGAAGCCCAGAUCAGAUUGAUAUAAACUAUGCUCUUUUUAACCCAACUCAAGGCAUAUACGAUGAGAAAACAGAUCUUCAUUACGACAACAUGCUUGAUGCUCAAAUUGAUGCAGCAUAUGCUGCACUUGAAGAUGCAGGAUUUGGGAAAAUGGAGGUUGUUGUUACAGAAACAGGGUGGGCUUCUCAUGGAGAUGCAAAUGAAGAAGCUGCAACUUUGGAUAAUGCAAGAACUUAUAAUUAUAAUUUGCGUAAAAGACUUGCUAAAAGGAAGGGGACGCCACGUAGGCCUAAAAGUAUGUUGAAGGCGUAUAUUUUUGCUUUAUUUAAUGAGAAUUCAAAACCGGGUCCCACCUCUGAAAGAAAUUUUGGUUUGUAUAAACCUGAUGGAAGUAUCACGUAUGAUAUUGGGUUUCCAGCUCUCAAAUCUUCUUCUUCGGUUUCUUCUCUUCUUUCAAUCAAGGAAAUUGGAGCUCAAAGUUGGCAUUGGUCAUAUAUCUCGGUUUUAUCUUCGUGUGCGUCAAUGUUGUUUUUAUUUCUAAGAUUGUGAAAUAUUUGUCAUCACAAGAUAUUAUUUAAGUUACAAUGUAUUUUAUAUUUACUUUUUUUUGAAGAAAAAUGUUUUUAAGCUUAAUGUUAGAGUUGAUAAUAUAUAGAAUACAUGCCACGUACACCAAAUCGGGAUCUUAAUUGGUGGUGGUUAAUGUUUUUUUUACAGUUUUGAUCGUAUGUC